UAUUACUUCCAAAAACAUCAACAAAAUCCAGGCGAAUCUUUGCGUUAUAAACCUUAUGAUGAUGGCUGACAUGUCAAAUAUGGAAGACAUUGCGCAUCUUAAAACAGAAAUCAAUUCAAAACUAGAAAAGGAAAUGAGUAACCUCUCAUUGCUGAAAGAUUCCUUGAAGAAAAGCAACACAAAUACCGAAAAUAUGCUGGGGAUUUUAACAAGCUUUGAAACACGCCUCAGAAAACUGGAGCAGACAAUUGUUCCAGUGUAUAACGAGACAGAAAAUCUCAGAAGACGGCAAGAAAAUAUAGAUAAGACAAUGACCACAUUGGAUCAUGUGCUGGGCUACUACCACAUUUCACAAGAGGCAGACAUGAUGAUCAAAGAUGGCCCUGAGAUGCAUGGCCUUGACCGAUACCUCCAACAGAUGGACAAGGUGUUGGAGGCACUCAACUACUUCAAGAAACACAACCAGAACACCGUUGAACUCAGAGAUGUGGCUGCGUUAUUUGAGCGCGGGAAAGAUGUUCUACAGAUGGAGUUUCAGACGUUGCUCAUCCGUCAUGGUCGACCGGUCCCGCCUAUCAUCAUACUCGACCUUCUAACGGGAGAGGAAGAGCUAGGUGGAGAGGUCGAUGUUCAAAUGGAGCACCUGCCUGAGAAGAUUAUCGAGGACCUGAGCGACAUUUCCCGCUGGCUCAUUACGAACGGCAACACUACAGACUUUCUGAAGAACUACAUCACAGCACGAUCUAGCAUGCUCGUUAAGUCACUCACUGGGUUGAAGGAACAUCUGAAGGCAGGCAGUGGAGGUUCGGGCAUGACGCUUACACCACACUCUCCUGCUCCAGGAGCCAAAUUUAACAGAAAUAAGGACACCCCUGGGAGGAAAAGUAUCAAAAAGAUUUCUCUAUACACAAGAAAGGCAUCUUCUGCAUUGUUGAAGUCACCUUUUGAUCAAGGACUUAAAGGUCAUCGCCGUACAGGGUCUGAUGUGAUCAAGGAGGAACAGUGUGAGGUCGACAUAGAGAUCUACGUUACCGAACUCACGGCACUUCUUAAACUCAUGCAGAGUGAGCAUCAGCUGUUAGCCCAGAUAGUUCCUGAGAAAUACCAGAGAUCAGUAUAUGACAACAUCGUGCAGCCAGGGCUGGAUACCGUCGUCAAUGAGGGCGAGACACUAGCUAUAUACACGAGGAAGGGCAUCGGUCGUCGGGAGUUCAGUACCGUGUUGUCCAUCUUCCCUGUGGUGAAACACCUGAGAACCAUCAAGCCAGAGUUUGACAGAAACCUAGAGGGCUGCCAAGCACCCACAAGAGCCAAAUUAGCCUCAUUACUUUCAACAUUGGGUAGCACAGGAGCAAAGGGCCUUGAGGAGUUUAUAGACAACAUCAAACACGACCCUGACAAGGCCUCCAAUAUGCCUCGGGACGGAACUGUGCAUGAACUCACCAAUCAUACAAUGGUGUUUAUGGAGCAACUACAAGAUUACAUCGAAACUGCCGGAGCUAUGUUGCUUAUGCAUGGCUCAGAUUCCAAGAACGUUCAAGCGUUGAUGUUUAAUUUUGCUGCCAUGUUCCAACCCACUGGGGAACAAGCUGCUCCCAGUGAAGCUGUAGAUGACAGGAAGAGCAAGCUAAAAUUGGCUGACUAUUGCACCAAGGUCCUAUCUGCGCUGGGCCUCAACUUGAGCAACAAGUCCGAGACGUACAGUGAUCCAUUUAUCAAGCCAGUCUUCAUGUUGAAUAACUUCAACUACAUCCUCAAGUCACUCAAAAGGUCGGCAUUGAUAGAGCUGAUCCACCUGUGGAACAAGGAUGUAGAGAUGUUUUACAGGGAUCAAAUACUUGAGCAGAAAAAGCAUUACUCUCAAAGUUGGAGUCGUGUGAUGCACUACAUUUUGGAGAUGAAUGAACCAAUGUCUUCACAAAGGAUGCUCAGUCCUGAUACAAAGUUGAAAGACAAAGAAAAGCAAAAUAUUAAAGACAAAUUCACAGGUUUUAACAAGGAGUUGGAUGAAAUUCUCCGAACACAGAAGGGCUACGCUAUACCAGAUACAGAGCUACGGACACAGAUGAAAAAAGACAAUAUCGAGUUUAUUGUUCCAGCGUAUAGAAUAUUUUUGGAGAAAUAUAGAAAGCUUAACUUUACAAAGAACCCAGACAAGUAUAUAAAAUAUACUGUCGAAAAUGUGGAAGAUAUCAUUGAAAAGAAACUGUUUGAUACUGCUGCAUAGUGGAAAAUACAAUAUAAUUCUUUCCGAAUUUGAUUUGCUUAAGUUGAAAAUAAUUGUUUUCAAACUUGAUUUGCUUACCAGAAAGUGGAAAAGAAUAGUUUCCAACUUCAUUUGCUUACUGGAAAGUGGGAAAGAAUUGUUUCCAAACUUGAUUUGAGUACAUGUACAGUAUUUAUGUUUAUGUACAUGUACAGUAACUAUUGUACGCAGCGACACAUAUACUAAGAUGCGUAAAUUAUUCAAGUGCAAUAUUUCAUUUUUAUGCCCCCGAAGGUGGGCAUAUUAAAAUCGCACCGUCCGUCCGUGUGUCCGGCUCAAUAACUCGUGUCCGGGCUGUAACUUUCCCUUGUAUGGACAGAUUUUAAAAUAACUUUCCACAUGUCUUCCACGUACCAAGACGACGUGUCGCGUGCAAGACCCAUGCCCCUACCUCAAAGGUCAAGGUCACACUUAGUGUUUAUUCACAAUGGAGUGCUGCAUAUAGGACAAAGAGUAUAGGUUGUCGUGUCCGGGCUGUAACUUUCCCUUGUAUGGACAGAUUUUAAAAUAACUUGCCACAUGUGUUCCACAUACCAAGACGACAUGUCGCGUGCAAGACCCGUGUCCCUACCUCAAAGGUCAAGGUCACACUUAGUCUUUAUUCACAAUGGAGUGCUGCAUAUAGGACAUAGAGUAUAGGUUGUCGUGUCCGGGCUGUAACUUUCCCUUGUAUGGACAGAUUUUAAAAUAACUUGCCACAUGUGUUCCACAUACCAAGACGACGUGUCGCAUGACAGACCCGUGUCCCUAUCUCAAAGGUCAAGGUCGCACUUGGGUGUUUAUUCACAAUGGAAUGCUGCAUAUAUAAGGACAUAACAGUGUCGGUUGUCAACUAUGGGUGGUAUUUUUUAUGUUUAAAGGCAAUUUAAAAUAACUUGCCAUAUGUAUUUGACAUGUAAAGACAAGAUCAACUUUUCAUGUACUGACCUUGUUCAUAGGUCAAUGUCACAAUCGGGGGCAUUUGUCACAUACUGUGACAGCUCUUGUUUGUAUUUAUCUUCAUACAUACAUGCACACAUAUAUUUCUGUAUGUUUUACAUGUGCUUGUAAUAAAGUAUAAAUUCAGCAAAGGCUUAUUAAAUACAAA